UCAGAGGCACGGUCUUGUUCUAAGUGAGUGUGUUCAUGUUGGGGAGUCUGUCCGUUUUCACUAUUUUUCGUAAAGAUUUCAAGGUAAAACAGUCACCAUUCCGCGUUUAAAAGAGGGAAGAGUUGUCUGCUGCGAGCCUGCGGUGAAGGGCGGCCACACUGCGAAGAUCUACUCUAACUGUCCAGAAGCUGACUUCCUGAAGAAGGAAAAGUUCGAAUUUACCUUCAACGUGGAUUCCGACCCAAGCUAGCGUUUGCUAAGGGUGUAUUGGUAAUAAAAGUUGUCCUUCCUUUUAAAUCAUUUUCAAGAUGAAGUGUUUAAUUGGAGAUGGUGUCUCUGUCGACAUCCUGAGGGAUGACUUGACCUGCCUGGACAUAAUUGAACAAAAACUUAGCACUGUAGGUCGAGAGGACUCUGAUGAUGCCUUCUACAUUGUAGACUUGGCUGACAUUCUUCUUAAACAUAAGAAGUGGGUUUCUCUCCUUCCUAGAGUUGAGCCCUUUUAUGCAAUGAAGUGUAACAAUGAUCCAAUAAUUCUUAAGAUGCUAACAGGGCUAGGAAUUGGAUUUGAUUGUGCAAGCAAGACUGAAAUGCAGACAAUGCUGGGCAUGGGUGUUUCACCCUCAAAAAUUGUGUAUGCAAAUCCAUGUAAACAAGCAUCUCAUAUAAGGUUCUCUGCAAAACAUGGAAUUUCUUUAAUGACUUUUGAUAAUGAAAUGGAAUUACACAAGAUCAAAGAGUUGUACCCAACUGCCAGGUUGCUUCUCCGCAUCCGAACUGAUGAUUCCAAGUCACUCUGCCAGCUAGGAAUCAAGUAUGGAGCACCCCUGAAACAAUGCCGCCACCUUCUCAAGGUUGCCCAUGAUCUGAAAUUGAAUGUGAUUGGAGUGAGCUUUCAUGUUGGCAGUGGAUGCUAUGAUGCAAGUGCUUUUGGAACUGCUGUCUCAGCUGCUCGAAGUGUGUUUGACCUUGGGGCUCACAUAGGAUAUAACUUCACCUUGUUAGACAUUGGUGGUGGUUUUCCUGGAGCACCAGAUGCUGCUAUAACAUUUGAAGAGGUUUGUGGCAUCCUGAACCCAUUACUGGAAGAACACUUCCCAGCAAGUUCAGGUGUUCGUAUCAUAGCAGAACCAGGUCGUUACUAUUCUGCCUCUGCCUUUACCCUUGUUGUAAAUGUUCUUGCACGCCGCACUGUGAAGGGGAGUCAAUUUAAACAAGAUGACAAGUCUGUCAAAGCUGCUGGCCAUAAGGACUCUGACAAACAGGGUUUCAUGUAUUAUGUCAAUGAUGGAGUGUAUGGUUCAUUUAACUGCUUGGUGUUUGACCAUGCUACUGUGACUCCAGAAGUUUUUGGUACUGAUGAAAAAGCUGAGAAAUUUCCAUCAAGCAUUUGGGGUCCUACAUGUGAUUCCCUAGAUUGUAUUACCAAGAAUGUACUGUUACCCAAGGUUGAUGUCGGGGAGUGGUUGUACUUCAGGAACAUGGGAGCCUAUACGUGUUCAGCAGCCUCUACUUUCAAUGGGUUUAACAAGCCACUGAAGUACUACACUAUUGCUCACAGCUGUUGGCCCAUGUUAAAGAAGGUUUUGGAGAAGAUUGGCUUGGAUGUGCAUUUGCCAUGUCAUGUUUCAAUGGAUCAGAAAAAUCCCUUCAACACUGGUUCUGAGUUCAUGGAGAUUCUUGCUUCUGCAAAGUGAUUUGAAUCAGAGCACUUGUUCUUCAGAAUAUGCCAGUAAUCACUUGGCUGAUAUAGUCUUGCUGCACCUUAAAAUAUAACAUUGUUGACCUUUUCGCACUGUUAUAAUGGCCAAAUGCUCAAUAAAAGAGAUAUUUGAAUAAUAUAUUAUUAAGAAAACGUAUUUUGGUGUACACAGUUUUGCGAUAUUAUUUUUUCCUGUGACUUGAUAAUUUAAAGAGUCAAAUUUUGGCCCAGAGUUUGAACAUAACAGUUUCUGAUGAUAGACUUGUAUCAUGAUCAACAUAUGCAAGAUAUGGGUGUGAAUAACUUUUUUGUCAUAAGUAAGAUCCUAUGUUAACGGAGUCCUAAUUGACAUUGAUUUGUGUGGCUGCUAUUCUCCUUACCAGGUUGUAAUUAUCAGGAGUUAUUGCAGUGUUUUUUCAAAUCAUUUGCUGUAAGCCAAUUUUUAGUGUCAAACAAUAUUUGAACUUGACAUUUGCUUUAACAGUGUUGAAACAUGCCACAAUGUAAUAUAGAUAUUUUGAGUGUUGUUAUCAUUUUGGCAAUAUGUGCACUUAGCAAUUAAACUUGCAUUUGGA